AGGGGCCGUCCGUUGGGCCCGAGGCGGCGGCGGCAGCGGCCGGGGCGAACCGCUCUUGUCGCCUCUCGGGACAGGAGCGGCGGGGCCCGCGCCUCCUCCCCCCGGCGCCGCGGAGGGGGGAGGAGGAAGAUGGAGACCCACAUCUCGUGCUUGUUCCCCGAGCUGCUGGCCAUGAUCUUCGGCUACCUGGACGUCCGGGAUAAGGGGCGCGCGGCGCAGGUGUGCACGGCCUGGCGGGACGCCGCCUACCACAAGUCGGUGUGGCGGGGGGUGGAGGCCAAGCUGCACCUGCGCCGGGCCAACCCGUCGCUGUUCCCCAGCCUGCAGGCCCGGGGUAUCCGCCGUGUGCAGAUCCUGAGCCUCCGCCGCAGCCUCAGCUACGUGAUCCAGGGCAUGGCCAACAUCGAGAGCCUCAACCUAAGCGGCUGCUACAACCUCACUGACAACGGGCUGGGCCACGCGUUUGUGCAGGAGAUCGGCUCCCUGCGUGCCCUCAACCUGAGCCUCUGCAAGCAGAUCACCGACAGCAGCCUGGGCCGCAUAGCCCAGUACCUCAAGGGCCUGGAGGUGCUGGAGCUGGGGGGUUGCAGCAACAUCACCAACACCGGCCUCCUGCUCAUCGCCUGGGGCCUGCAGCGCCUCAAGAGCCUUAAUCUCCGCAGCUGCCGCCACCUCUCGGACGUGGGCAUCGGGCACCUGGCCGGCAUGACGCGCAGCGCGGCCGAGGGCUGCCUGGGCCUGGAGCAGCUCACGCUGCAGGACUGCCAGAAGCUCACUGACCUUUCUCUAAAGCACAUCUCCCGGGGGCUGACGGGCCUGAGGCUCCUCAACCUCAGCUUCUGCGGGGGCAUCUCGGACGCGGGUCUCCUGCACCUGUCGCACAUGGGCAGCCUACGCAGCCUUAACCUGCGCUCCUGCGAUAACAUCAGUGACACGGGCAUCAUGCACCUGGCCAUGGGCAGCCUGCGCCUCUCAGGGCUGGAUGUGUCGUUCUGUGACAAGGUGGGGGACCAGAGUCUGGCUUACAUAGCCCAGGGCCUGGACGGCCUCAAAUCCCUCUCCCUCUGCUCCUGCCACAUCAGCGAUGAUGGCAUCAACCGCAUGGUGCGGCAGAUGCACGGGCUGCGCACGCUCAACAUCGGACAGUGUGUGCGCAUCACAGACAAGGGCCUGGAGCUGAUCGCUGAGCACCUGAGCCAGCUCACUGGCAUAGACCUGUACGGCUGCACCCGAAUCACCAAGCGCGGCCUGGAGCGCAUCACGCAGCUGCCCUGCCUCAAGGUACUCAACCUGGGACUCUGGCAGAUGACGGACAGUGAGAAGGUCAGGGAUUGCUCUGACUUUGCCAGGUGGAGUUGCCUGUACCAACCCAGAACAUUCGGUACCAUGUAAAGUCGAGUCUUCCAGUUAAGGUGCCAGAGGAAGUAAGCUUGAGAUCUUAACUGUGCAGCACUAGCGUGGGCUAUCCUAAACAGCCCCGCAAAUAAAACAAAAUAGAAGUGG